CCGAACUCCGUGAAUUCGGUAGCAAGUGGAUGGUUUUCGAUAUCGAUCCUGAUUGUCUGCCGCCGCCGCCUGCAGAAGGGGCCGAUGAUCCAAAUGCAAGGCAACCGGGUGCAGAUCCAUACACGUGAAGAAACUGACCCACCUGACCUGCAGGUGAAUUAUUCAGCCUUGUUGAGCACAUGAUGAGGAGGCCCUUAAGCCCCGGCACGCUUCCAGUGGAUCACGCAUCGGGGGUUUUGUAUAUGAAGUGUAUUCUUCCAGCCCUGAAACUUGAGCUUCGAGCGAGGUCGUACAUGUCCAAGGAGCAAGCUACCGAUUACACUCAUCGUUGUCUCCAGAAGGGGAGGCGCUGAUCACUCCGUGAUCAUUUCCUCCAUUAGAGCAGCUACUCAGGAUUUCUAGGCACAUCGAAGCGUCGAGGGCAGAGCGAAUUCAUGAAUUUUACCAGCACCCGUGAGCGUAUCUCGGCGACAUCGUCACAAAGACGACGGCUGCGUAGGCUGGAUUGGAUCACCUACUUUGAUCAGAUCGGAGAAUCCAGCAACCCACGCGCGGAUUUUGAGAUAGCCCAAAUCCUGUGACUCUUAGGACCGAGGGACCAGUGCAGUGCAGCCGCAUGACCGACCGAUCAUGAGCCCGGAAGAGCCAGCGUGAGCCACGAGACGAUCGAGGGCCAAGGGAGUAUAGAUUGCGGGAAGAGGACAGCAGCUCGUUCUCUCCGAGCCUCGAUCGAAAACACUUGGUGCAGAAGAUCGGAAGAGCAGGGCAGAGCAGAGCAGAGCUGCAUGUCGUCGCAGGCAGCGCCGAACCCCAGCACGGGCGACAUGGCCACGAAUCUGGCCAACCUGCUGCCGACGGGGACGUUUCUGACAUUCUCGACGCUGGCGCCGCUGUUCACCAACAACGGAAUGUGCGGGAUGACCGAGAAGAUCAUGACGGGCAUGCUGCUGGGCACAUUCGUCGGGCUCGUCUUCGUGCUCAACUUCAUCGACAGCGUGACGACCGAGAGCGGCAAGGUGUACUACGGCAUCGUCACGACGAAAGGGCUCUACAAUCCGCAGUUUGCCAGAUCCAACAUUCCGGGCGACCUGCGCCGCGACGACUCCUACUUCACCGGAACCGACGACACGAUGUACAAGGUGAACGUCUCCGACGUCGUCAAUGGCAUUCUGGACGUGGUCGCCUUCGGCACGCUCUCGCUGCUCGCCGCACCAAUCACCACCUGCUACUACCCCGACCUCCCGGGCACCGUCAUCAAGACCGCGCCCAUCCUCGUCGCGCUCAUCGUCGGCGUCUUCUUCGCCUUCGCGCCCCCGGGCCGGCACGGCGUCGGGUUCGCUGUCACCACCGCCGGGUUCCAGCUCGUGCCCGAGACCGACCCCGAGGUCGUGCCCCGGCAGGCGAGCUCCCGCAUCCUCGACCCGUCCAACCGCGACCGCCUGCUCGUCCAGCCCGGCCCCGGCCCCGCCUCGAGCUCCCCGUCGCCGUCUCGAUCUCCGGACCACGUUCUCCCGAGAAUCAACCGCGAGAGCACUUCUCCGCCCAGAGCUUCCAUCGGCAGAAGAUCGCCCUGACCUGACCUGCAAAUUCACGACGAUGUCGAUCGACCUCCCGAUCAGAACACUCGAAUUAUAUACGGGGAUUGAUAUAUCAACGUCCUGAGAUGCCACGCAGGGCACCCCCAGAACAGAACUGCGCUCGUCUGCCAUCGCCCCAUUAUAUCACCGCGCGCUGUACAACUGAACAUUGGAUUCGAGGUUUGGUCUUUAAUUUUGCGGUGACGAGGAAUCUCGAGGUGCAUGGGACGGUACGUUGUCGAGAGUCGGAAGGAUCGAACGGACCCAGUCUGCUGUAAAUGUAUGUACGUAUAUCGCAUUCUUUCAUCAGCUCGACUUUUGGUUAUCAGAUGCCGUUAACGAUGUCUCGUCCGAGUCCUUGCUCUUGGGCGAGAGAGGGAGAGGAGGGAGAGAGAGGAGAUGUGUACAAUUGGAGAUGUUCAAGUUAGCGUGUGAGUGAGAAGAGCCUUUUGUCCCUCCGAUGUGUCAGUGACGAAUAAGGUGGAGAGCAUAGUGCACAGGAGAUAAGGGAGAUGGAGAGUGACUCUGGAAUGGUUUUGAUUAGAGGGCAGGAUUUUCGACCGAGAGCUUUUUCAUCUCCAGAUGGACUAUGUACUUACUCAGACCCUUACUUUCAAGCCUGAUGGUUUCCGAGAGUUCUCUACGGUGGACUCGAAUCAGGCUCUGAUUUUCAGCACAGUCGAAACUUCAAAAUCUUGCGUCUGCACCAUUUUAUCACCUCUUCAGCAAUCGUCAAUAAUGUGGCUUAAUUUGGUCGCAAGACUGCCACUUUUUCAGACCAUAUAGUGAGUCGGGGGUGGUCCUGUCGUCGUUGUCGAGUGUGAGACUGUUAUAGGAAAUAAUCAUCAGCAAGCUAAGCCCAGUUUUGUCCUCGAUUUGAGAUACCGUAGUCAGGACUUCUAAUACCUCAGACUCACGAACCUGCUGCGAAGAACGUGAGCGGAAAACUCGGUGCGCAUUCUUCGGUCAGGUUGUUUGAUCACAUAAACAGCUCACAUGUAGUCUCGUUCAGAACACUAAAUUAGUUUCUAACGAGGGAUACGACACACAUGCUUUGAGAUUCACAACAGAUUAUACUCAAAACUCGUCGCAUUUUUUCCCACCGUCUGAGCAGUGAGUCAUAUCGAAUGCAUGGGCUCAAUCUCUCCAGUCAGUCAAUUUGCCACUUUGUGUCUUUCACACUUCGUUGGGUUUCCGGAGUCAACCACCCACAUUUACCACACCAUACGCAUGUGCCUCAGUUCGCCAUACUCAUAGUUUAUGCCUCGAGAUUUGCUAAUCUUUUCUGAUCUACUACCUAUACCUUUGGGCCCCUUGGACUUCCACGCACAACCUGAACAUACAUCAUACAAGACAGUCGUACAAAAAGAUAGAAAUUGUGCAGCUAUAUCAGGUGUUUAUGCAGGUUCAGGGUCGAAGACUAAAAAGAAAGUACACUCAUGGCGCCAUCUAAGGCUCCACAAUUUCUUUCUUGUUUAUAUAAACGGAGUUUCAGUCAUCAGAAUCUGCUAACGAGUUAGGUACUGAAAGUCGAGACCCGUCAGCUGUCUGAUGCUCGUGAACCUAGAAACUUUGAAAAUCUUAUGAUUCAGGAAUCUAUAUAACCUACACCAGACAUGUUUUGCCUCUAGUAUACAAUCCAGUAGCGAGAAUCGUCUUCAUCUAGUUGUGGAUAAGGUUUGGUCUGAGUUGGUGUGGAUUUGCCAUCGUUGCCAACUCAAGUCGAGUGAAGUCUUCUCCAAGUGGAUCAGAUCCUACAUCUAUAAAGACCACAUGGGUCAAGAUAGUUUUGA